UGCAUCCCGCUGUGCGAUCAGCCGUGCCUGCCAGCCCUCCACAGGGCCUACUCCUCUGUCCCUGUCAGCAACAUGAACUCCGGCCUGGGCUCUAUGAACUCCAUGAACACCUACAUGACCAUGAACACCAUGACCACGAGCGGCAACAUGACCCCGGCUUCCUUCAACAUGUCCUACGCCAACACGGGCUUAGGGGCCGGCCUGAGUCCCGGUGCUGUGGCCGGCAUGCCAGGGGGCUCUGCAGGAGCCAUGAACAGCAUGACUGCGGCGGGCGUCACGGCCAUGGGUACGGCGCUGAGCCCGGGAGGCAUGGGCUCCAUGGGCGCACAGCCCGCCACCUCCAUGAACGGCCUGGGUCCCUACGCCGCCGCCAUGAACCCGUGCAUGAGUCCCAUGGCGUACGCGCCGUCAAACCUGGGCCGCAGCCGCGCGGGGGGCGGCGGUGACGCCAAGACGUUCAAGCGCAGCUACCCUCACGCCAAGCCGCCUUACUCCUACAUCUCGCUCAUCACGAUGGCCAUCCAGCAGGCGCCCAGCAAGAUGCUCACGCUGAGCGAGAUCUACCAGUGGAUCAUGGACCUCUUCCCCUAUUACCGUCAGAACCAGCAGCGCUGGCAGAACUCCAUCCGCCACUCGCUGUCCUUCAACGAUUGUUUCGUCAAGGUGGCGCGAUCCCCGGACAAGCCGGGCAAGGGCUCCUACUGGACGCUGCACCCGGACUCCGGCAACAUGUUCGAGAACGGCUGCUACUUGCGCCGCCAAAAGCGCUUCAAGUGUGAGAAGCAGCCGGGGGCCGGAGGUGGGAGUGGGGGCGGCGGCUCCAAAGGGGGCCCAGAAAGCCGCAAGGACCCCUCAGGCCCGGGGAACCCCAGCGCCGAGUCACCCCUUCACCGGGGUGUGCACGGAAAGGCUAGCCAGCUAGAGGGCGCGCCGGCCCCAGGGCCCGCCGCCAGCCCCCAGACUCUGGACCACAGCGGGGCCACGGCGACAGGGGGCGCUUCGGAGUUGAAGUCUCCAGCGUCUUCAUCUGCGCCCCCCAUAAGCUCCGGGCCAGGGGCGCUGGCAUCUGUACCCCCCUCUCACCCGGCUCACGGCCUGGCACCCCACGAAUCACAGCUGCAUCUGAAAGGGGAUCCCCACUACUCCUUUAAUCACCCCUUCUCCAUCAACAACCUCAUGUCCUCCUCUGAGCAACAGCACAAGCUGGACUUCAAGGCAUACGAGCAGGCGCUGCAGUACUCUCCUUAUGGCGCUACCUUGCCCGCCAGUCUGCCCCUUGGCAGCGCCUCAGUGGCCACGAGGAGCCCCAUCGAGCCCUCAGCCCUGGAGCCAGCCUACUACCAAGGUGUGUAUUCCAGACCCGUGCUAAAUACGUCCUAGCUCCCAGAACUGAGGGUUUUUGUCUGCAUGGCCAACCUGGUAGCAGGAGAGAAAAACCAACAGCAAACAAACAAAACCACACACACACACAGACACACACACACCAAACCAACCACAUAAUAAAAUUCCAAAUAGUUUUAUUUUUCAUGCACAAUUUUCCCCAGUUCAAAGGACUGUUACUUUAUUAUUGUAUUCAACACUCAUUGUGUGUAUUACUACAAAUACUACCGACUCCAUACCAACACUUUUUUUUUUCUGGCAACAUUUAAUGAUCCACAAAUGUAUAUACAGAAAAUCUUCCUCCCCUUUCUCCCUUUCACUCCUUCCCCUGUGGACACAUUCUAGUCCCUGCAGGGCUUAUUUAAAAAGAAGAUGGUCAAGUUUGUAAAAUAUUUGUUCGUGCUCUUUUUGUUGUUGUUGUUGUUGUUGUUGUUAGGCCCACCACACGAGUUUACAGGUCUGUGGCAAUACUCUUAACUCAGUAAAGAUGGAAGUGGUAAAGAAACCAAGUAGACAGUAGGGGCUCUUGAGAGUAUUGAAGGGCAGUGCUGCCUUUAUGCAGGAAGGUAUAAACCGGUUAUGCACAUUUGUUUUCACCUUACAUUCCGGAUGCAUUCAGAUCUCGGACGUCCUUAAGUGAAAUGCAUAUACAUGUCUAUGGACUUAAUAUCAUGCCCAGAUAUGAAGACCUCGUUCAACUUUGCAUAACACGUAGAGGUAAUAGCUAGGUGAUAGACAUUUUCAAAAAUUGCCUGACCGGCCAAGUUACAAGGAUGCCUCCCCACACUUGUCCUCUCUACCUGCAAACGCUGGAAACCCAGUUCUUCAGGAACUGCCUUCCUCCCUAAUUCUGCUCCUUGCUUUUCAGAGAGCCAUCAUGGUCAUGUCAUGCUGAGGUCACAUGUAUAAAAUUAGCUUUUGUGUAUGUAUACCGUUUAAAGAAUUCCCCCACCCCAACCCCAGGGGGAAAAAAGGAAGUAUCAUACUAUUGAGAGAGAAGUUAUAAGAAAUGCAUUUCAAAAUUUGGUCCCGAAUUCCAAAUCCCAAUUGUGGCCGUUUUAGUUCUUGCCAUCCUAUUCUUGGCUCAUCCAGUGUUAAUGCACUUUCCACAGUUGGACGUGGUGUUAGUUUUAGACAAACGGGUUUCAUUAUUAUUCCUCUUUGCCUUCUCAAUGUUAAUUUAUUGCAUGGUUUACUCCUUUUCUUUACAGCCGAAAUUGCUUUAAGUGAUGGUUAAAAUGACAAAUUAAGAUGUUAAUUUUUAUCGAUGUGAUUUGUAAUUAAGAUAUUUUGAUUUCAAUAACAAAAAUAAUACAAGAGUUUAAUCUGUGGAUUAUGUUCCUGAUCAUUUGCAGUUAAGGAAUUUAAAUAAAUCACAUGUUAAGGACAAAGAAUUUCUGUUUUUCUCUUUCACUUAAAAUCCAAAAUAGAUCUUUAAUUAGAAUCCAAAAUAGGUCUUCUGAAUGGGAUAUUUUUCAAAUUCUGAAAUUUCAUAUCAAGGAAAAGCAGGGAUAUAAUUAAAAUAAAAUGAUUGCAUUUACAACUUGAAUGUGUAACUAAUAAAAUGUGGCAAAGGGGAUUCAAUCAAACCAGAUAGGUAUCCUGACACUAUUCCAAGAACUAAGUUGUUUUUUUUUUUUUUUAAUUAUUACCGGUAAUGUUUACUUGAGGGUCUUUUUCUUUGGGGUUGGGGGGAGGUAAGCCUUCUGUGCCUCUUUUUAGUCUUUUUUUUUUUCGUGGUUUGAAAUUAAAUGAUCAAUUCUCUAUAUCUUCUAAUUCAAAAAGUAUUUGGAUUAGAAUGAAAUAGCAACUGUGUCUGCUAAAAUUAAGUUAUCUACCGCAGACUCUGAACCCUCCCAUUAACAGGGAAACAAAACUUCGCUAUCAGAGUGGGUUUGGAGGGUGGGGAGGAGGGCAGUUCAUUCAUUCCUGCCGAGGCAAGCUUUGUGAGUAUUUCAGGGUAGCUGCUGUUUUGUGUUUUGUGAAGAUAUUUUUAAAAUAUUGUUUCUAAGAACUUGAAGCUGAUGGCUUGUUUGCCUUGUAAGAAGCUUUGAAAUGCAGCUUCACACCCCGUAGUUGCUUGAGAUCACAAAAUCAUUAAUCUCCUUUGAUAGUAGGCUCACUUUCCAGUCCACCUAUUUCUUUGUAAGGCUUGUUCGGAUUGACACUAACAAUAACAGGCACAAGCCGAAGCAGAGGCCGGGCUGCCUGAGCCCUAGGGUGUGAACUCCAUCCUCACCAGGGCUUGAACUUGGGCAGCCUGUACUGUGAUCACAGCUCUCCACACUACAGACAAGAUAAAAAGAGCCCUGCCAGUCGCUUAAUUAUCGCGUAAUUACCUCCCCAGAUGAGAGAAGGGGUGCCACUGUAGCCACUUGAGAAAAAUCCAGCAAUCCCUGCUUUGCUCUCUGCGACUAAUGAAAGGAGGAAAGAGAAAUUGCUGGCGUGAGUAAUUUCAAAACUCAAUUCCGAGUCCUCUAAAGGACACCAAGCGUAUCCCAAAGACGAAAAAGGUUUCGAUCUCAACAGUUACACGUACAACGGGUAAAUAAAUGCCAGCAAAUUCAAACUCUUAUGUAAAACAAAAGCGUGAUCUUCGGCCUUUCCUUUUCUCAUGUUGUCCCGAAACGAAAGUCUAACGUCGGGUGUAGUUCCUUUCUCCUCCAGGUUUGUGCAGGUCUUAGUUCUUGAUCCUUGACUCUUCCCUGGAGUUUUCUCGGUUUGAAGAGGCGAGGUGCCUGUGGUCCAAGCCGCCCUAAGGACAGGGGAUGCAGGAUGCUGGAAGCCAGAGCGGCCAGUCCUGCUUGGCUCACAGGCGCCUGCGAGCUGUGCUCCCGCCCCGUGGGCUUCGCACCGGGUUCUGCGUCUAUGCUCUGUGCCACCUCGGGACAAGGCGCGCCUAUAGAUGCACGCAGGCUGGGGGCCCCGGACAGAUGGUUGCCGGGGCAGAAGGGGCAGAGCGGACCGCGCAAGCAUCCCGAGGUGACAAAUGCAGUUAGUUCUUCAUUGUUUGGGCAUUUUCCCCUCCUAGCGAAUAAAUCUUCUGUUGAGCUACAGACCUAAAAGUCAACAAAGGAGGCCGGGCGCCCGGUCUCAAGCCCACCCCGCGGCCUGCCUGGCCGAGUCGCUCCCGCUGCGUAAUCCCUUCCUCGGAAACCCCGACACACAAACGCCGGAUCGCCCGACCAGGGCGCCGCGUCGGGGCCAAGAAGAAAACAUCUGUGCUUCCAGCGGCGCGCAGGGACCCUCCGGAGAGUGCCGCCUGCGAACGACCCGGGCAUCCUCCGCCCCCACCCCGUUUUAGACCCCGGGUCUUGUUUUCUUCACUGUUGCUUCAUCCUCCAGAAAGUGGGCGCCCAGGGCUCAGUAAACGGCCAGAGCUGAGGGUUUUGUUUUGUUUUGUUUUGUUUUGUUUUGUUUUUUGAAUUUUGCUCGGGAUGGGGGAGGGGCCGGAAGCGGGGGCAGCGAGGAGGGAAAAGGCUUCCAACUGACCCAAGUGGAAAGCUCCAGGGGCUGUGGGAUCCGCCACGUCGCGGAGUAAACAGUAGCACCAAAAGGCCUUUGGGUAGUGAGUGCAGCGCCUUCCUGGGAGGGGAGCCUCAAUAAUGACUUUCACCUUGUGUUUGGAAGCUCAGCUCUGAAACCCUUUUAAACCUUGAUUGAAAACAAAACAAAACAAAAAACAGCCCAAGAUAGAUAAGGAAAUUCUACUUAGCGCAACUAAACUCCGAAGCGUUCCCAAGCAGAAGGCAGCUCAGCCCUAUUUCUGUGAGAUCUGCCGAGAUCACCUUCAAAUCUCAAAGAUAAAAUCCAAUUUCUAUUGUCCCUUAGUGGCCUCCCACACUUCAGAAAGACGGAUGGGAAAUAAUAAGCGAUGAAAAUAAGCAUAUGCUAGUGAAGUUCUUAACUUCUGUUUUCUUUUUUCAGAAGGCGGAUUUUACUGAAACUGUUAAACAUUUUUUUUCUCGAGUUUAGCCGUUUUGAAUGAACCACAACAGGAGAGAAUUCCAAGAAUGAUAAAAUUAGGAAAUUCUGUUGUUUUGGCAUUUAAAAUAUUGAUCUUAGUUCCAGGAAAAUGCUUAUUAAGUUCUUUACAAAAAAAAAAAACUGCCUUGAUCAAUAGAAAUUCUUUUCAUUGCAGACGAAAGUAGGAGACCUGUAGCCCAAAUUAAUUAACCUUUCCUCAAGAUCAAUUGGCUUUCUGUUGAUUUAGCAGUAAUAUCAUAGAACAUUUAGCUAUAAUGUAUUUUAAUGUGACACUUCAAUAUGUCAAGAGGGAAAAAACCUCAUUGAAAAUAAAAUUGCUUAAAUUAUGUAGUAUGUAUUUAAUAAACUUUUAAAAAUUGUCUUGAAAAUUAACUAUUUGCUUGAAUUGUGGAUGUGUUUUACAACCAAAUGCAGUUAGAAAAUGCCCCUUGAUUUAAGAUAAUUGAGUGCAAGAAGAGAUUAUUACAAGCCACCCUGACCUAAAUAGGUAAUCAAAUUAUGUUGAAAUUUUGGUAUAAAGUUUACCCAAAUUGAAAGUGUAAUUACACCUCAAGAGAGUCCCAGGAGACUAAGAAUCUAAGGGCAAAAUAGCAUAGCAGAGCUCAGAACGUCAUUGGAAUCAAUCCACCGCGUAGAUCCGAGAGGACAUUUUAAAGAGUAGCCACAUUCGCAAGCUUUAGUUCUACCUAAGGUUAGUAGUUAGCUGUCCAAAUACAUUUAACACAGACUUCUUUAAGUCUCCUCUACCUUUCAAAUAGUUAACUUUGGGACAUAAUGAUGCCAUUGGUAUUUCUCUUUUUCCCUCCCA